AUGACCUCAGAUAGACCCAGGGCCACACUGACAGCAGGAACAACAAUCAUACCAGUAGGGGGCAGUGUGACACUGACCUGCUCUGUGCAGAGCUCUGAUGGAUGGAAAUAUGAGUGGUUCAGAGGAACCCAAAGAACCGCUGAAGUUCACAUCAGAGAUCAACAAAACAGAGAUAUCAGAGUAUCUCAAGGAGGAAUCUACAGCUGCAGAGGAACAAGAGGAAACCCAGUUUACUACACUGAUUCAAGUGAUGAUGUCACCAUUGAGAUAACCUUUUCCAAUAAAGUUGUUGUAAAACAACAACCCAACUGGCCUCAGAUAUUCAGAGGUGAGACGAUCACUCUGACAUGUGAGGUGCAGGAAGGAGGUGAAACCACUGAGUGGGAGUAUGAAUGGAGAGGACCCAGGACACCCACACAGUGGACACACAAUAAUGAUGUGACAUUCAGAGUUUCUGAGUCCAGCAGUGGAGACUACAUGUGUAAGAGUCGACGCAGAGAUGACUCAUAUUCUUCAACAGAGUGGAGUGAAGCCUUCACAUUGUCAGGAUCAACAGAUAAACCAAAGGCCAAACUGAGAGCUGAUAACACAGCUGUUCCAGUAGGGGGCAGUGUGACCCUGACCUGCUCUGUGAACCCAUCAUCAUCAUCUGGAUGGAAAUACUACUGGUACAGAGAUGAGAAAUCCUCUGAAGCCCUGACCACACAAGAUGCAGUUUUCCACUCAAAUGGACAAAUCAGUGUCUCACAGGAAGGACUCUACAGGUGCAGAGGAGGAAGAGGAAACCCAGUUUACUACACAGAGGACAGCCAGUCAGUCAGGAUUAGGAAAACUGAUUCAUUCUUUACCAGGACUCGGAGCACAAAUCAGAGCUCUGCUAUGAACCACAUGAUCAAGGAUGAAGCUCAACACAGUCGACAUGCUUCUACUCUUCAAGGUGAUGCUUGUGUUUAUGAAUCAAUCAAAGACCAUGAUGACACACAUAAUGAUGACAGUGUGUUGUAUGCACAGGUCUCCCACGAUAGAGCUAAAACCAAGAAAGACAACAAUGACAGCCUGUUGUACACACAGGUCUAUUACAAUAAAGCGAAACCGAAGAGACACAAAGGGAAACCAGCUCCUGCAGAAACAAAAUAG